AUGUCUCUGCCAUGGGAUUACAUUGCCAAACUCGUCUGCAUCGGUGAUUCCGGCACAGGCAAAUCCAGCCUCACGAUUCGUCUUUGCGAAGGCCGAUUUUCUCCCGCUCAUGACGUGACCAUCGGUGUCGAGUUUGGCUCUCGCAUUGUUCCUGUUGGACCCCCAGCCUCUGAUGACCUGGGCAUUGUCCUAGAUAACGCGUCGUCAGCCUCUCGUCCGCCUUUACAGGAUGAUACUACGAAGCAGGAAAGGGAUAUUGGAGGCUUGCCAAGUCCACCACGAAAGGCACCGAAACCCCAGGAACAGAAGAAAAUGAAGUUAUCACUAUGGGACACCGCUGGCCAGGAGACAUACAAAUCCAUCACACGUUCCUACUUCCGAGGAGCUUCCGGUGCCCUUUUAGUAUUCGACAUUACACGCCCGUCUACCUUUGCCUCUGUCACGCAGUGGCUCCAGGAUUUGCGGCAGAUUGCCGAUGACGGCAUCGUUGUUGUCUUGGUUGGAAAUAAAAGUGAUCUCGUGGCUGGUGACUCCAAUGCGCAGGAUGGAAAUAGUCAACCCCAAGUCACAAGGCGGGAGGCAGAGGAAUGGUGCAGACUCAAUAAUGUGAUGGGCUAUAUAGAAACCAGUGCCAAAUCCGGUGACGGCGUUGAGCGAGCCUUCCUAGAAGUCGCAGAGAGGAUUUAUCGAAAUAUUGAAUCCGGCAAAUACGAUCUCAAUGAUCGGAGAAGUGGCGUCAAAGGAUACGGCGCCAAUGGGAAUGUCAAUGCAGCCGGACCCAGAACUAUCACAUUGGGCUUGAAUGACGCUAUGAAUAGAAGAAGUGGUUGGAGUACUAAUGGCUGUUGCUAA